CUUACGGCCUGUUUUUAUGAAUGUAUCAUGGGAUGGAGUUCAAGGUGAAGCGUUUUUUCUGUAUAUUUGUGUUUGUAUGUUUUUUUAUAUUAUUUCCGUGGUUCCUCUUCUAUUUUUGUGUAGGCAGCUUACAGAGAGAGUGGUCUCUGAUUGAAUUGCACUAAUUUGUCGACUAGACCAAUUGAGCAGCUUUUUCGUCGGCCGGGAGCCAAUCCCUGAAGCUGUUCUGAGGUCUUAAUGGAUAAGACCCGCCAAUAAGUUUGAACUAUAUAUAUCUAUACGAGGCCAAAAUGCUCCUCAUUCGACUGCUCACGCCUUGACCAUGGUUCAAGCACCCAACGCCUGGACCAACAGUACCACCCAGCCGGGGUCCGUCUCUGGAUCAUUUGGAUCUUUGAUCUCACGUCACCUCUCGAAAACCUCAGAAGUCUUCCUUCUUGACACCCUGCCCUCCCUUUGUUUACACCUCACUCAAAAUGAAAUUCUAUAUAUUGCUGCGUCCUAAUAGCACUUAUUGUUUGAUUGAUAACGACACCACAGUUUUGACAUGUUGGCGCUUUGUUACCAUCACACUGUUUUGAAAGAAUCGUAACCUCAGAAGUGGUUGCCGGGAUCACUUUCCUUAACGAUUAAAUAUAGUUUUGGUGGAAUUCAUUAAUUGCUGCAUUGCAACAAUUGUCUAAUUUAUAAUUCAAAUGCCUUUCUGGUGUUAAAUUGAGACUGAAAGCUAAACCAACAUGUCAAAAAUGUCUUCUUUUGUUUAAUCCCUUGUAGGAAUUUAUAGAUAAAUUAUAUCCCACAUGUUGCUAGUGAGAUUAAGCAGGCUAAACCAAACUUUUGCAACUUGUAAGAAGAAAUUAACUGUAUAUCUUAAACCAGUGAGCACUUUGCAUAUUAGUAGCGAGCAGAGACAAGUUAAUCAUCCACAAAGUACCUUCCCUGAAGAAGAUUGGUACUUACGGGCCAAUAGUGGCUGUCAAGUUCCUUGUGUAAAUUCGUAUUUUGCACUCUGUACAGGGGCCUGUAAAAGAAAGCUGACUUUAAGCUAACAUUCUGUUCCUAAGGAAUCUCAGAAUUGUGUGAAUUGUAAUGGUUCUUAAAGGUGUUGUGUUUAGGAUUUAGUGGCAUCUAGUGGUGAGGUUGCGGAAUUGCAAUCAACUGAUCCUCAACCUUCCCUUUCCACCGACAAAAGGUUAGCUAUGGUGGCCUGUAAGGUGCUUGUAGUUAGUUCCAAAAUGAUCAUGAAUCAUCAUCUACGACAGUGUAGAGUAGCCAAAUGUCAAGGGAUGAGGUUCCUUGAAAAAUAAUUUAGUUUUUAAAUCUAUUAAACAAUAGAUCACAGUUUACAAGUAAGAUAUGAUUAGAGAUGAGAUGAUAGAUUAUGAUGAAAUUGCUAACUCGACAUAUCUAGAGCCAUUUUGUCCAUUCUAGGCUACCAUAGAAACAUGGUGGUGGAACAUGGCGGGCUCCCUGAAAGAGGCCCCGCCCCCUAGGUAGAUAUAAAGGCUUGUUCUAAGAUUACUAAAAGACAACAAUUUGUGUUUUCAUGGAAUAUUACACAAAUUAAAACAAUUUCUGCCAGGUCCAUUUCACUAGUUGCCACUGAAUUUUAAUCGCUGCACUGCUAAAGCCUGCCCGAGAAUGGACACUGUUCACUGUUCACACUGAAACCUACACAGGGUAAAGUGAACACAAACUCCAAAAAGACCUAGCGUUGCCCCUUCGGUCUCGAUCUAUUUCUCCUAAACCGCGUCCUCCAUCAGGCCCCUGAAGUCUAUGUCGGGUUUAGAUUAGUUAAGUUGUUGCUUUAUUUUUGUAUUUAUUUUUACUCAAACUCGUAGAUACUGUAUGUUUUUCUGCUCAGCAUUUCAAUGUUAAUUUAGCAAUACUGGAUAGUUAAUGCCUUAAUGAUGCUAGAUAUGAAGAAAAAAAAUCAAGAGCCCAAAGGCUCACUCCUUUCUCCCUUGUUUUUUACUUUGAUAUUGUCUUUUAUACAGGGUAUGUGGUGGAUUUAGUAACAUUAAAGCACUCUUCCACAACCCAUUUCUAGUUUCUAUAGGCAACAGUGAUAACAGUUGAACGAUGUGAUGAACUGUAGUUGAUAAGAAAUGUCUAUUCAUUUUGUAUUGUAAGUAUAUCUUAAGAUGAUGCAAUGUUAUUUUUCUUGCUGUGUACCUUGUAGAGGGGAAAAAAAGACUGGUUUUCAAACCGGUCACAAAGCAGUCACGGCAUAUGCUUUAGCGUUUGCUCUGACUGACUGGCGCGCCGAUAAGGAGGGCUAAGCUCACCAGUGUAGCUGUUAACAUCUUUAAUAACAGUGCAAUGCCCAUGUAGUUACUGAAAUACCCCGGCUGACCUUUACUGGUGUGUUCUGCUGAGGCCCGAGUUCCUAACCCAACAGUUUUACUCUGAAAAGCUCUCCCAUCCCUUACAGUCCUUUACAGUGAGGCACGUCUGUCAAGCUCAUUGACUGAUGAAGGCUAACUUAUAGUACCUCAGACUAUUCGAUUCUCGUCACUCAUUCUGGUAUAUCGUUACAUGUGAUCUUUACAAUAUCAAUAGUAAUCUCCCAUACAUGUGAUGUCUGUAUUCCAGAUGUGUUUUUUUUUACCUUGUCAUCAGGAAACUUCAAGAAGCCUAUCAUUAUGGUAACAAAUACUGUAGCAAUGACUGAAGGAGAAUGUUCAUGUCGAUAACCCAUUGAGCCCACAUGUUGACAUGCAUUUGUGAAUUUAUGAGUUUGUACCAAGUAGCCUAUGUUUUUUUUUUACGAGUUGUUUCACGACCGAAACGUUUGAGACAUGUACAAAAGCUUGACUGAGUACUGCAAAGGAUUUUUUAAGGGUUUCUUUCCCAUGUUGCACUGGGGCAUAUAGGCCCGCUUGUAUAACGUUACCUGUUUUUUUUUUCUUUUUGGGGUUAUUUCCAUUUAGUACUUUUCUAUUUUUUGGAGUAAAGGUUGUAUACUAUAGUGUAUGUUUGUGUAAAACACAGCCGUUCUUUAGGAUUUGGAGCUUGGGUAACCCAUGUCAUCAUUGUUGUAGGCCUACUGUGUUUCCUUUUGUGUAUAUUACAACAGUUCUUAACAGCUGGCAUUGAAUGAUGUUGGACAAAGAAUGAGUUUCCAUUGGCAUUAGAAUUGCAUGAAAUGUGAUUUUAAACUCAAAUGUAUUGCUAAAUACCAAUUAUAACUAUGCAUAGAUUUUAAAUGCAUUGUUCCCUGAAAAAAUCGCAAAGCACUGAAUUUUCAAAAGGACAAGCACGUUGUCAUUAAACAUUGUAUUUAUUGAUCAUUGAUCAAAAAGGAAUUAGACAAUAUUCUGAGUAAUUGCCCCAUAGGCUGAAUUAUUUUGAUAUUUUUGUGUGUAAAAUAAAAAAUAAUGUAUGAAGACAACAGCUUCUCUUGUCAAUAAAUGUUUUUACCUGACUUGUUUUAGAUUUUCACCUUUGGAACUGCAAUCAAAGCCUGAACAAUGGACGAGCCCUGGUUUUUGAUUGAGUGUCUUUAUGGUAGGCUAGGCAGCGCAAAUAACGUAGACCAGUCGAGGAAAGGUCGUUUGUACCUCAUUAGGGGAGGAACUACGGCGAUAUUGUUUAGGUUAGUUAGGGUGAAACGUGAUCUCCCGUUGAAGGCUGGUCUACUGCUUGGUCGCCGUCGACGUCCGACAACAUUCCUCUCUGUGGGGAACAGACCGGCGUCGUAAAUCAAGUUUGAUUCGAGCGAGAGGAUGAAUGCGGCUGCGCUUAUGAUCAUUGCAGUGCGUAAAGGAUUCACCGAAACCUUCAAACAGCAAAGACUUCUUCCUGUUUCCACUUUCAUGAUACCAAGCCGCCUCCAGUCGACAGUACCUGUGGUUGCUGCUCGAAUACCCUGCAGAGUGAAAGUGUCCGCUGGGAAGCGUUAUUCAUGGUGCGCAUGUGGACACAGCAAAAAGCAGCCCUUCUGCGACGGCGCGCACAAGACCAAAGCGCCGGGCAUCCCUCCGGUGCGCUUCACCCCUGAGAAGGACGGACACCUCUUCCUAUGCGCCUGCAAACAGACGGGGAACCAGCCGUACUGCGACGGGACGCACCUCAAAGUGAUUCUCCAGGACGUGGUCAAGUCAGUGAAGAAUGUGUUUAAAUCCUGAAGAAAAUUCCAAUGUUGUCCUUUUCUCGUAUGCAUGCAGUAUACUAUUUUUUUUUCUGUACACCAAAUGUCAAAAUGUUUGUUUUAUAAAUAAAUAAUGAUAUUGAUUGUGAUAAAGGAUUUUAAACAAAAAGUCA